AUGAAGCCGUCCUCCAUCCUUCUUCGUGGCAGGUCGUCGUGGAAGGGCCCCCAUGUGGUUCCCCUUCCCAUAGCAGAGGCCAUCCAGUCAGGAAACCCCAUCCGCACCAACGCACGAAGCUGCACAAUUCUUCCCCAAUUUGUCGGGCUCAAAUUUCAGAUCCAUAAUGGCCGUGAAUAUGUCGAAGUUGAAGUCAGUGACGACAUGGUGGGUAGUAAGCUCGGCGAGUUUGCCCCCACCCGCAAAAGAUUCAUGUACAAAUAUUCCAAAAACUAG